CAGCUGAAAGACUUCUUCUCAAAGAUCAGGCACAACAAGGUUGCUGAGGUCGAAGACUUGGUGCAGAGUGGUUUCCCGUUGGACAGGCGAGACGCUCAUGGCAACACGCCACUGAUGGUUGCUUCUCAGAAUGGACAUAAGAGACUUGUGAAAAUGAUUCUCAGAAACGGAGCUGAUCCUAAUGCUACAAACCACCAAGGGAACACUGCGCUGCACUUUGCCACAGCAUACGGGUACAACACACUUUCAAAGUAUCUCAUGUCCAAAGGCGCUGACGAUACAUUGAUCAACAUGAAAGGGCUGACUUGCUACGAUGGGCUGGGC